UGCAAUGAGUCGCCUUAAAACCACAGUGUCCUCCUUCCUUUACACCAGCAACCUUUUUUUUAAAUAUUUUUUUGAUCUUAAUAAACGCAACACCCCACCACCUCUUUGUUAGAAGCCCUUUACUGCAGACGAGCAGCGGUUGUGAUAACCAUCUUCAUCAUCGAAUCAAGAGAAACCUCCAGAAGUCACCAUGAGGACCAGUCACAUCCUUCUGCUCUGCAUCCUGGGACACGCACUGCUCGCCUCAGUGUUCUGCCACAAUGGAAUCGGUCCUGACGACUGUUGCUUCGAACUCUACCCAAGAAAUGUGCACAAAAAGUAUAUCCGCUCGUAUUACUUGACCGACUACAGAUGCUCAAAGACUGCAGUCAUUCUGAUCACGCAAAAGUCUCGUAACAUCUGUGUGGAUCCGAAGCUUCCCUGGGUCAUGAAGGUCAUGAAAAGUUUGGACGAAAAGACCUUUUAAACCCCCCGCCCGCUCAUCAGACUUUAAAGUUUCUGCGCCUUCUGUUGCUUUAAAAUGCAUGUUACAAAGUGAUCAUGAUUUGGAUGUUAAUUUGUAGAUCUGUAAGGAUUUAAAAGCAUUUUACCCCCAAAUGCAUGAAUUAUGAUCCUGCAUUGGUAUAUUAUAUAACCAACUUGUGUUUUUGCUUUUUCUUUUGGUUGCUUUGUAUCACCCAUAACGUUUCAUAGAAUAAAAAACAAUGUAAUGAA